UCCUUCCCCGAGGUUCAGGAAUUGUCACUCGGCGGCCUCUCAUUCUGCAGCUCAUCUACUCAAAAACAGAAUAUGCCGAGUUUUUGCACUGCAAGUCCAAAAAGUUUACAGACUUUGAUGAAGUACGACAGGAGAUCGAAACGGAGACCGACAGGGUCACGGGGACCAACAAAGGCAUCUCCCCAGUACCCAUCAACCUGCGGGUCUACUCGCCACAUGUGCUGAACCUGACCCUCAUCGACCUCCCGGGCAUCACCAAGGUGCCUGUGGGGGACCAGCCCCCAGACAUCGAGUACCAGAUCAAGGACAUGAUCCUGCAGUUCAUCAGCCGGGAAAGCAGCCUCAUCCUCGCUGUCACCCCCGCCAACAUGGACCUGGCCAACUCAGAUGCCCUCAAGCUGGCCAAGGAGGUCGACCCACAAGGGCUGCGGACCAUCGGCGUCAUCACCAAGCUCGACCUGAUGGACGAAGGCACCGAUGCCAGGGACGUCCUGGAGAACAAACUGCUCCCCUUGAGAAGAGGCUACAUCGGCGUUGUGAACCGCAGCCAGAAGGACAUCGAGGGCAAGAAGGACAUCCGCGCGGCACUGGCGGCCGAGAGGAAGUUUUUCCUCUCCCACCCGGCCUACCGGCACAUGGCUGACCGCAUGGGCACCCCACACCUGCAGAAGACUCUGAACCAGCAACUGACCAAUCACAUCCGGGAGUCGCUGCCGGCCCUGCGCAGCAAGCUUCAGAGCCAGUUGCUGUCCCUGGAGAAGGAGGUGGAGGAGUACAAGAACUUUCGGCCCGACGACCCCACGCGCAAGACCAAAGCCCUGCUACAGAUGGUCCAGCAGUUUGGGGUGGACUUCGAAAAGCGGAUCGAAGGCUCUGGAGACCAAGUGGACACACUGGAGCUCUCUGGGGGCGCCCGAAUCAAUCGCAUCUUCCAUGAGCGGUUUCCCUUCGAGCUGGUGAAGAUGGAGUUCGAUGAGAAAGACUUACGGCGGGAGAUCAGCUACGCCAUUAAGAACAUCCACGGAGUCAGGACGGGGCUCUUCACCCCCGACAUGGCCUUUGAAGCCAUUGUGAAAAAACAGAUUGUAAAACUCAAAGAGCCGAGUCUGAAGUGUGUUGAUCUCGUGGUCUCAGAACUGGCCACAGUCAUUAAAAAGUGUGCCGAGAAGCUCAGCUCCUACCCCCGGUUGCGAGAAGAGACAGAACGAAUUGUCACCACUUACAUCCGGGAACGGGAGGGGAGAACCAAGGACCAGAUUCUUCUCCUGAUCGAUAUUGAGCAGUCCUACAUCAACACGAACCACGAGGACUUCAUUGGAUUUGCCAACGCCCAGCAGAGGAACACGCAGCUGAACAAGAAGAGAGCCAUCCCCAACCAGGUGAUCCGCAGGGGCUGGCUGACCAUCAACAACAUCAGUCUGAUGAAGGGCGGCUCCAAGGAGUACUGGUUCGUGCUGACAGCCGAGUCACUGUCCUGGUACAAGGAUGAGGAGGAGAAAGAGAAGAAGUACAUGCUGCCUCUGGACAACCUCAAAAUCCGUGACGUGGAGAAGGGCUUCAUGUCCAACAAGCACGUCUUCGCCAUCUUCAACACAGAGCAGAGGAACGUCUACAAAGACCUGCGGCAGAUCGAGCUGGCCUGUGACUCCCAGGAGGACGUGGACAGCUGGAAGGCCUCAUUCCUCCGAGCCGGGGUCUACCCUGAGAAGGACCAGGCAGAAAACGAGGAUGGAGCCCAGGAGAACACCUUCUCUAUGGACCCGCAGCUGGAGCGGCAGGUGGAAACCAUUCGCAACCUGGUGGACUCGUAUGUGGCCAUCAUCAACAAGUCCAUCCGCGACCUCAUGCCAAAGACCAUCAUGCACCUCAUGAUCAACAACACGAAGGCCUUCAUCCACCACGAGCUGCUGGCCUACCUGUACUCGUCGGCGGACCAGAGCAGCCUCAUGGAGGAGUCAGCUGACCAGGCCCAGCGGCGGGACGACAUGCUGCGCAUGUACCACGCGCUCAAGGAGGCGCUCAACAUCAUCGGGGACAUUAGCACCAGCACCGUGUCCACGCCUGUCCCCCCGCCCGUUGACGACACCUGGCUCCAGAGCAGCAGCAGCCAUAGCCCCACUCCGCAGCGCCGACCUGUGUCCAGCGUGCACCCCCCGGGCCGGCCCCCAGCAGUGAGGGGCCCCACCCCGGGGCCACCCUUGAUUCCUGUGCCGGUGGGAGCAGCGGCCUCCUUCUCAGCACCCCCUAUCCCAUCCCGGCCCGGACCCCAUCCUGCCGUGUUUGCCAACAAUGACCCCUUCUCGGCCCCACCUCAGAUCCCAUCUCGGCCGGCUCGGAUUCCACCUGGCAUCCCCCCCGGCGUGCCCAGAAGACCCCCCUGCUGCGCCCAGCCGGCCCACCAUUAUCCGCCCAGCCGAGCCAUCCCUGCUCGACUAGGCUGCGGGGGGGAUGUUCUCGGGGGUCCUCGAGCACCCUCGGUGCAGGAGCUUCGGUGGUCUGGGCCCAUCUGCCACCCCUGGCCCUCCCAUCCUCAUGCAGGACCAGGCUCCUUGCAGGCAGCCCCUGACUCUUCCCUAACCCUGGCCCCCAUCCCCAGAUGGACACAGCACUGAAUGGAGGGGCCCUGUAGCCUCAGGAUGAGUGGAGCUGGGGUGUUGCACUUUGGGGGAUAGGGUCUUGGGUAGCAGAGGCGGCACCUGCAUCCUGCGUGCCAUCUUGAAUGAGGGAUCCAGGCUGGGGUCAGGGGACUCACUCAGGGGCUUCUCUGGCCAGGAAAGCCUGAGUAGACCAGGCCUUCUAGAAAUGGCACCAAGGGUGUCUGUAGCCCCCAGUCCUCGCUGGGGACACAAGGAGUGUGUCUGCUUCUCAGCAGUGGGAGCUCCCAGUGGUGAGCCAGGCCCAGCGGGCCCCGUGCCACCCGCCUGCCCAGGUUGUACAUAUUCCUUCCUUGGCCGUAUUAACCGCACGGCCCAGCCUCGGCUGCCAGAGGUGCCUUUGCCAGGUCCGAAACAUUCGGCCCCGGCCAACCUCGUUCUCUCCUCCCAGGGUCCCCUCCUCCUCCUGGGUCCUGGACGGCCUGGGCUCAGGGCUGAGUGGGUGGGGAAGCUUUGGGGGCCUCUUGGCUCCCACCCAGGCCUCCCCUACAGGGUGGGCCCCGGGCGGCCUCUCUGUGAGUAGAUCUUCUCACUCGCUCAGUUUGACCACUGUAAGUGCCUGCGCUCUGUAUCCUAUUAAUAAACUAAAAUAAAGGGAAGACGCUUCUGGUG